ACACACACACACACACAUGCAAUGUCUCUGCUGUGACUGUAUCACUUCAGAUGCUCAGAUAGAAUUAAAAAUCGGCGCUCCUCCGCCUUGUCACCAGUGUUGUGCGCAUUUUUUCCUCUCCCGCAGCAUGGUGCUCGUACUCGGAGGCUCAGCAUCGCAUUUUUCUCGGACGACUUAGAUAAGCCAGCAGAAAGCUCGUACACCACCUGUUCCCACCUUCAGAGACAAGAUGCAGGAGGUGGACAGCACCCAGGCAGGCUCACAGCGCAUCUUCAGUGUCCUGGAUCGGCUGCUGGUCACUCAUCCCGUGUGGCUGCAACUGUCACUCAACCAAGACCAAGCCCUGUACAUCCUGCUCAGAGAGCCUAUUGGGACUUUUUUGGUGCGUAAGUGCAGCUCCAGCCAGAGGAAGGUGCUGUGCUUGAGGGUGACAGCCGACAGGAGUGCCUCCUCUGUUAAGGAGUGCUUCAUCUGUGAGGAGGACUCCACAUUCGCCUUGGAGAGCUCAGCACUCAGCUUCCCGGACUUGUGUCGUCUGGUGGCCUUCUACUGUAUCAGCAGAGAUGUCUUGCCAUUUCCUCUUCAGCUACCAGAGGCCAUUGCCAAAGCCACAACGCACCGGCAGCUGGAAGCCAUCUCACACAUGGGCCAGGACUUCUGGAGUUCACCAAGCGCUGUAGACAUCCAAAAUGGGCCGUUAGGGCCUGUUGCAUCAACCAGCAGCGCCCAUGCCCACAUGGGGGGAAAUGAAGACCAAUGUUCUCUGAUGACUCAAGGCAAACAAGGCAAAGUCUGCUUUAUCAACCCACUCUUUCUUCAGCUGGAGGUUUGCAAGCAGCCACAUCACACAAACCACAGCGCCUCCAAUAAACGGCAUCGCUUCAAGCGCAGCAUGCGUCUUCGUCUCUCAGAGUCCUCCAUGAAUUUGUCCCUUGAAGGUUCCUACUCACCUCCACAAUCACUGGAGCAGCCUGGAGGAUCGGAGGGGCUGCACAAGGCUAGCCCUAACCCACAGAGAAGAGUUCAUGCAGGGGCCGGUGUUCUGAGGAGAACUCCCGCAGUAUCGCCUGGGUCAGCAGAGGAAGACGAUAUGAUGACCAUAUAUGUGCCGCAGACGUCUGCUGCUAAUGAUGAUACACCCAAGUUCCAGCAGGAGCCGGGAAUCGAAGGAACAGUUCUGGGCUUGGAGCACCGGCCAGCCCCGUCCUUGGCUGAGCUUGACAGCUGCAGCUCCUUCAGCAGUAUGGAUGAUGAAAAUGACUCAGAUUCAGAACCAGAAAGCAUGGCCCAAGCCCAAACAAACAUCUUCCACCGCCCGCCACUCGUCCGCUCACGAGGCCGCGGAGGGCUGCAUCGUAUGAGCGAAGCUUUUGUGUGUUUUUUUGCACCUGACAAGCGUCUGACUCAACUGGUGGAGGAAUUGGCCCGAGACAGACGCUCAGUCUUUGGGGGCAUGGUUCAGGACUUCCUCCAGGAGCAGAGAAAAGUGCUCAAAACGCUAAGCUCCUCUUCGUCAUCUUUGUCGACAGGUGUAACUUCAGUGCAGCUUCUGCAGGGUCUGCGCCUUUUCCUGUCACAGGCAAAGUGUUGCUUGCUGGACAGCAGAGAACUUGAGCCUCCUAUUGAAACCCUAGUGCCCGAAAACGAGAAAGACCUGGCAUUGGAGCGGGCCAUGUUCUCCUGUAUCCUCAGGCCAUUGAAGUGCCACCUUGAGAAAGCCCUGACAGCUUUUCACAAUCAGGAUGGCUCCACCCAGCGGCUCACUCAGAACAUGCUCCGCCUGAAAGGGAACGGGGCCAUAGAGCAGCUUGGUGUGCGGACGGGGGUCCCAGAUGUCCAAGAGGUGGAGAGGGUGAAGCAGAAACUGAUCCUUAUGCAGCGAACACACUCGCCCAUUGAUAAAGUGCUCUUGCUGCUCCAAGUUUGCAAGUUUGUCCACAAGGCAAUGGGGACUUUACAUGGGCAGGAUGUUAGCUUGGAUGACUUCCUUCCUGCGUUAUCCUAUGUGAUAGUGGAAUGUAACAGGCCUAACCUGCUGAUAGAGGUGGAGUACAUGAUGGAGCUGCUGGAGCCCUCCUGGCUUGGCGGAGAAGGCGGGUACUACCUGACCAGCGUAUAUGCCAGCCUGUGUCUGAUCCAGAGCCUGGAGCAGGAUCAACCAUUCUCUGGCUGCCUAACACCACAAGUGCAGGAAGCUCUGAAGGAAUGGAGCUGCAGACGGACUCUGGAGGCCCAGAAACAAAAGGAGACUCAACAAAGCCAGAGGUGCGUUCGGAUUCUGUUCCAGGACGGGGAGCGAAGCGCUGUGCGGACGUUGCAGUGGAGAGCCGGGGAGACCAGCCAGGCCCUGGCGCAGCUGUGUGCCUCCACCUUCGGAGUGUCCGACCCGCAACAAUACACACUGUACUGGCGCAGCGGCGGUGAGAUGAGGGCCCUACCGCCCCAGGCCCAGCCCCAGGACCUGGCUGGUCACAGUGAGGGGGGGCCCUCGCUCUCCUACCUGAGGACCGACCACGACUUCAGCAAGAUGCGACGGCUCACCAGAGGUGGCGCCGUGGACCUGAGCGAGUCGGUGUGCGAAGAAUGAGUGGGAGGCACAGAGGAAGGAGGAGGGGGAGAUGGAUGGUUGGUGUUUUUCUCUGUCUCUUUCUCUCUCUGUCUCAUCUCUCCGGCGGUGUAUUGUGCCUCGUCAUGGAUCAGGACUGUGAAAAACUACAGUUCUAAUCUCAUGUUGGUCCCAAACGGACCAGAGCAAAGCAGAGACAACUUGCUGAAAGUUGUGCCAGACAUUGAGGCUGCUUGUGUAAAAGGAGUGUACUAUUUGUGACAUGGAAAAUAUGUAAUAAAUGGUUUUGAUUGUUUUUUUUUUUCUGCAACAUGAACCCAGAGUUAAACUAUGAAGGGAUUACAUCAUUAAGAGAUGAAGAGGCUGAAAUCCAAAGAAAACAAAUUCUGUGAGACUACUGUUGCCUGGAAACAAAACCACUUCCUGUACGCACUUAGGGAGACAAAUUGUCCACCGUGGUGAUGUAACUCUUUCAAGGUGUAAGUCUGGGCGAAAUCUUAAAGACACUCGGAUGUAUUAUUGCUUCACUUUCUGUGCAAAAAUCUGAAGAUGUUUAAUGGUGGGGAUGUGACCUUUUUUGUGGUUCCCUGAAAUUUGGCAUCACAGAAAAGAGAGAUGUGUUAUAGCCAAGACCAAACUGCAGUACCAAAGUGACAGAACAUACAUAAUGAGGGGUGAUUGGGGCUAUUUAGUUACAAAGAAAUAAAAAUUGAAUUCAGCUGUGUAUAAGAAUCUCCCACAGAGAUGGUUUUAUGUGUGCUUGUUGGAGAGAAGGUACAGACCCCUCUCCUUGUUUUCAGUUUCUCACAUGGUUCUUGCUGGUGGAAUAACGAGUAAGUGGGAGGAAGGUGGCAGAAAAGCUUCAGUUCUUUAUUUUUAAGGCCCUGUCUACACUAACCUGGAUAUUUUGCAAAUAUUUUUUUUGUCAUUUUCCACCUCCUGCCUAGGGAUUGGCAAUUUAUCGAUGCCACCAUAACGCUAAAAGUGAUGAAAAAAUAUUUAAAAAUUCCUAACAAGUUUUUGCCUACCAGUUACAUUGAGUAGUGAUACUGUACAGCUCAAUUCCACACAGUGAUUGUGUCUUCAUAUUUUAUUCCCUUAUGGCAAUGAAUAAAUACGAUAAUUGCCCAUCCUACUCCUGGGAAGAGAAUGAAGACGUUUUAAAUGAGCCAUCAAAGCGGAGAUUUUUAAAAACUGGUGUAUAUAUGGGGAUGUUUGAUAACUAAAUAAUUUAAAACAAUACCAUAGAGGCCCCUUUGCACACGUCCGAAUUAAGGGCUCUGGGCUUUAAACCAUAGCCCAACAGUGGAGCAAUCUUUGAGAAAACCUUAAAGGCCUGAACAUACUCCACAAGAGGCAAGAGAUUUGUUCUUGUUUGUUCUCCCAGGGAUUAUCUUGACACAUCAUCUGGGCAGAUCUCUAUUCUUAUAUGGUGUCUGACAACUAUUGGGUGAUUGGUCAGAAAUUAAAAGUGGGCAUGGUUAAUGAGGAAAAGGAGAAAUUCUGGUAUUUCUGCUUCUCCUCAAGUGUGGACUUCUGCGCGCCACGUUUUUGGAGAGAAGCCGAAACACCAGUUCAUACGCAACAAGAACCAAGAAAUUUGUUUUUUACUUCAUGUGGUAGGAUCAGGAAUACAGUUAUUUCUGGCCAGGAAAUGUCAUGCUUCAAAAGAAACUAAAUCCAAAACACAUUUAAAAUUUCUGGUCAAGUGAAGAACUCCAGGAAAGAUGCCGUAAAGCCCUUAAGUACUCUGCAAGAACAGAGAAAUGUUUUCUCUCUGAGGACUUCAAGGAAUAAAAUGAUGCCAUCGUUUUCCUGCAGCCCUGGUUUGGGAGUUCUUAAGGCUUGUUCUUAAUAAUUAUGGGCAGAAUUUAUUUCUUUUGUGGUAUCUGACAACUGCUGCAUGAUUGGUUAGAAAUCUACAGUGGUUACUACUCUGAUAUAUGCCGCUGUGGGACUUCCUGGGAGUUCCACACUUGAGUUUCUUGUUAAGUAGUAAAUGUAGAUACUGUUCUUGUUCUUUCCAUAUCAAGUAAACAAACAAAUAUAUUGUUUCUUGCAGAGUAUGACCAGAGCUUUAACAUGGCACUUCUUUAGCCAUGCUCAGGAUCUUCUACUUUUGAAUGUUAAUGUUUGUUACAUUAACAUUAUUGCAACCUGCUAGCACAGUGUUAGCAUUAUAGCCUUUUUGAUUGGAAUGCAAAAUGUUUACUGUUGUAUUUUUUCAAGACAGAUUAAAAAAACAUCUGGAGUAGUGUAGCUAGGGCCUAAAUCACAUCGGGGAGAAAAAACAAUGCAUUAUCACCCGGGGUCAACUUGCAACAAAUUUAUAAAUUUACAGACUGACUUGCGAAUGUGUUAAAGAAUUUUCUUGCAUUCAUUCAAUUUUUCUAAUCCUGCUAUUCAGUUCUGUUGUUUAUCUUGACCUAAGUGUAAGAUGAAAUAUUGUGUUCUGACCAAUAAAAAGGAUCUCAUGAGGACUGGGAGAAUGUAAAUGUCCUCAUCACCAGCUUCUGGGACUCCUGCUGCAAGUCGUCAAUACCAACAGACUGUUCGACUCAGUGUCACUUUCAAAUAUAUAAAUAUCAUAUUGUGAAUUUAAAACUAAAUUACAAUUGUUCAGUUUGUUGUGUGGAUAUGAAAGUGCGGAUCUUCAACAUAUCUGGAGUUUUUAAUCCAAUUGAGGAGGUUCGUUUUUGAGAGCUAUGAUGUGAAUAUUGUUGCAUGCUUUGUCAUUCAACGGAAAGGUUGAUCUGUGUGUGUGUGUGUGUGUGUGUGUGUGUGUGUGUGUGUGUGUGUGCCUGUGUGUGUUUGUGCAGCAUGUGUUUACUGUGUGAGUUUAUCGAUUCUUUUCAAUGUAAAAAACACACACAUUACUGUAUUUUGUCAGGUAACGCAGUCUCGCAAUAAAGAUUGCAAUAUCUGUA